AUGGGGAUGGACCCCACAUUCUUGGGGUGUGAUCAUAAGAGCACUCACUCACUCACUCACUCUCGAUGUCAUGGUUUAGACAUUAUGUACAACCAAAACUCAGCCGACCACAAAGGUUUUGGGACUCCUAUGAGUCCUCGAAUCUCCUUCUCUAAUGAUUUUGUGGAUUCAUCUCAAAUAAUGAGGAACUAUAGGGAUGCCCCUGUUUCCUCUGACUUUGAAUUCAAUGUCACUAAUUAUUCCAUGAUCACUGCUGACCAACUUUUUUCCAAAGGUAGAUUGUUGCCCUUCAAAGAAACUUCAUCUCAAAAAACUACUCUAAGAGAUGAACUUCUUCAUGAAGAUAAAGAUGAUGAUGUUUUUUCCUCUAGGCCCCCUAAAAGUUCUACUAGGUGGAAAGGACUUUUAGGCCUUAAGAAAUCUCACAAAAAAGUUGAUAACAACAAUCAAGGCUCCUUAGGAAAGAGGUCAAACGUAGCUCAUCAAGAUAUGGUUCAUCGAACCAACAAUUCACAGGAACCAAAUGAUGGGGCUGGUGGAGGAUCCAGUAGUAGAGAUGUGGAGUUUCGUUUUAAUUAA